AUGCUCAAUGAUCAUUGGAUUUUGACAAUUGCUGAUCCUGACCGAGGUACUGCAUAUUUUAUGGAUCCUUUGAAAAAACGCUUACCCACUGGAGAUUGGAUGUCUAUUAUGGAAAUUGCAUUUGGUAUGUUUAAUGCUGAAAGGAAGAAGAAGGGCCGAAGUUCAGUCAUUUGGAAAAAUUUGGCGGGCAUUCCUCCUCAACCGAGCAACAAGGAGUGCGGGUACUUUGUGAUGCGAUACAUGCGAGAUAUCAUUGAGGAUAAAGACUUGUCGUUGUUUGCUACCAAGUGGGAGAGGAGAGGCAGCAGCCAAUAUACCCAAGAAGAUAUUGAUCAGUUGCGAAAUGAGUGGGCGAAGUUUGUGGUGAAGACGUAUGUGUAGGAGCCAUGAAGUAGUUUGCUAAUGAAGGAAAACAUCUUUUUUGUGCUUCUCUGCUGGUACAUUAUUCAUGCACCAUAUAUGUGGCAUGUUUAAUUGAACAAUAUAUGUAAUUGUAUCAGCUUUUGAUGUCCCAAGUAGAUGGGCAUGCAUAUGAAUGCUUUUCUUCUAUUAAUGGUUGCUUGGAUGAUGGGGAAAUGCUCCCUUUUAACAUUUAAGGUAUAUGAAUGGGUUGGAUUACUAA